AUGCGCCUCACCACUGCGCCCCGCAACAUCCCUCUCCUCUCCCUCCUCAUCCCCGUCUCUCUAGCAGCCCUCAUCCUCGCCUAUCUCUGGGCCCUCAGCACCCGACCGGAUGUUCCCGAGAAUGCUCGUAUAAGCGAUCCGCUCAGGUGGGGGUUCCCGGCGUGGUAUGGUGAAUCAGAGAGUCCUUAUGAUAAAGUCUUUAAGGGUACUGAAGUUGUCGAGGAGGGGAAGCAGGUGUUGUUCUUUAUCGACUUGCCUUACGACUCUCUCCAAAUCCCCCGCGCCCUAUCAACCCUCUCCACCCUCCGCCAAAAUCCCGCUCUCAACAUCACCAUCAUUUCCCCCUUCCUCUCCCACUGGGACGCCGACCUGCCCCCAGUCGAGAACCUCGAAGCAGCGAGGUGUUCCGAGAUGGACUGGGUAUGGCGGAUAGGAGGGAGUAGUCGUGGUGUGGGUGAUGCGUGUCAGGGGGCGGUAUGGAUUAGGGAAGCUGUUGGGGGGUUGGAGAUGGAUAAGCGGGCGGAUGUGCUGCUCUUGGAGGAGCCGCAGAUGUUGCUGGCGGAUGAGAUCAACCCUUCCAGAGUUGAGGACAAGACUGUCAAAGGCUGGGAGCUGGGCCUGAUCUCUUAUGUACGACCAGCCGUGCGUCAACCUCCCCUUCUUGAACCCCCCGCCGUAUUCUACCCCCUCAAAAAAGUAAAUUCUCCCCAAUCAAUAACAUACUUUCCUUCAUCCACCACCCCAACCCGAGAAAUACCCAGCAUUCCUUGGAAACGAGGAUGGUCCACCUUCUCCCCUUCGAGAGGUCUUCCUCCACCCAUCCGAGCGGGCCACGACCCCUUCAGAGCUGGCAGUACAUACCUGAAAUACUGGCACAAAGAAGAAAAGAGACGGGCCAAGGCUAUGCGCAAUUCGGGUAUCUGUCUUUUUGAAGGGUGGCAAGAUGGGAGAGUAGAUGCCAGGAUGGUGGAAGCGUUCUUAUCCGGCUGUGUCGUUGCUACCUUCCCACCUCAGACCGACUACGACACCCUAUCCUCCCUCAUCCUCCCCCUCCCCAAACCCCCUCCAAGCCCUCACCAAACCCUCCCAGCCCAAGCCCUCACCACCCUCCUUUCCCACACCCCCAUCGCCCAACUCCGCCACCUCUCCCUGAAAUCAUUCAUCUCCGCCCGCCACCUCUUCAUCCCUCCUUCCCGGCUUGAGAGUAUACACCAAGUUGUAGAUCGGUGGGAGAAGGGUGGAAGGGGAUAUGAUUUCACGCAUGGGUUCAGGUGGGAUUGUGCGGGUGGGGUGGGGGCGCCUUGGUGUGGUGAUGGAGGAGAUGGAGCUUGA